UGUGCAUAAAGGAUUAAGUUCGGUUUUCCAUUGGUUCCACCAAAGAUUCCAUGCGUUACUAGUUCCCCUCCAGCUCUCAUAUACAUAUAUAACUACCUAUCUAAGCAUGCUUUGCACUGAAGAGAAAUGUGCAGUGGAGAAACAAGAAAAGCACCAUAAGUUCUCAGAGGUUAAUUAACUUAUUUAUUACUACGUACCAAGUCUUACAAUAAUACUUGAAAAUAGAGCAUCAUCAAGUGUAGCAAAUUGAUUUAGAAAACAAAAGCCAUAAGUGAUUCUAGCAGGUGGGAUUUAAUGUACUAUCUUCACCAACAUCAAGGAAAGAACAUUCAUUCUUCUUCCAGAAUGCCAAUUCCUUCUGAAAGGCACAUGUUCCUUCAAACUGGAAAUGGGUCUGCAGAUUCUGGACUUGUUCUAUCAACGGAUGCUAAGCCUAGAUUGAAAUGGACACCUGAUCUUCAUGCAAGGUUUAUAGAAGCUGUGCAGCAGUUAGGUGGAGCUGACAAGGCAACUCCAAAAACGGUGAUGAAACUCAUGGGAAUUCCAGGGCUUACCUUGUAUCAUCUGAAGAGCCAUCUUCAGAAGUACAGAUUGAGCAAGAAUUUGCACGGACAAAGUAACAAUGUGACACACAAAAUAAAUGCGGCAACAGAUGAAAGACUACCCGAAAACAAUGGAACUCAUAUGAACAAUUUAAACCUUCCCCCUCAGUCUAACAAAGAUUUACACAUAAGUGAGGCGCUGCAGAUGCAAAUAGAGGUUCAAAGAAGGCUAAAUGAGCAACUUGAGGUGCAAAGACUCCUUCAGCUCCGGAUAGAGGCUCAAGGAAAAUACCUUCAGUCUGUGUUAGAAAAAGCUCAGGAAACACUUGGUAGACAGAAUAUGGGAGUAGUAGGACUUGAAGAUGCUAAAGUUCAACUCUCAGAGCUAGUGUCCAAAGUGUCUUCUCAGUGCCUGAAUUCAGCAUUUUCUGAGCUGAAGGAGUUAAAAGGAAUUACCCCUCAGCAAACACAAACCAACCAGCCAAAUGACUGUUCUAUGGAUAGUUGCCUCACAUCCUGUGAAGGACCACAAAAAGAACAAGAGAUACAAAAUGGUGGCAUUAGCUUAAGACCCUUCAAUCUUAACCUACGAAGCUGUGACCUCAAGUGGUGUGAUACAAUGAAAAACACCAACUUUCUUACCCCAUUGGAAAAGAAUGCAGAAAGAAGAAGCUACGUUUCCGAAAGAAGUCCAAGCAACUUGUCAAUGAGCAUUGGACUUGAAGGAGAAUCAGAGAAUGGCAACAUGAUGUUUUCUGAGAGAACAAUCAUUGGUGAAUUCCAACAAAGAAACACCAUUGGAACAGAAUCAAAGAAACCAGUGGCUGAUAAUAAAAUUUCUCAAGAUUAUAGAUUGCCCUCUUACUUUGCAGGAUCAAAACUGAACCUAACAGCCACUGAAGAUAAUGACACUACAACAAAUUGUAAACAACUGGACUUGAAUGGAUUCAGUUGGAACUGAGAAGAGAAAUAGAGAAUAGACAAAGCAAGUUCAGAAAACAUUGUAUCACUGCAACAUCUAUCUGCUGCUGUUUCAUUGAAAAAAUGUGAGGUAUUUUAAUUAGUAGAAUGCCAAGUUGCAACAAACAGCGAUCAAUGAUCAAUUUGUAAGCAAUAGCCAUCAUAACGAUGAAUAUAACUCUGGCGAAACAUCGUUCUAUUCUAUGCUUAUUCAAAGUUUAAGACAUGCUAGCCUGAUAUAUAUUUGACAUAUGUCACAUGUUAGUA